AUGACCACCAGGCUUCGUGCCACUGACGGCGUGGGAGCCGGACCCCGAGGGGACGCCGAGCUCGGGGACGGCGUCACGCAGCACUUCCCGCUGGCAUCCUCGCCAGGGCUCCGCCGCCUGAGACUGGAAGUGGUAGAUGAGAACUGGCUCACCCGGCUCCAGAUGUCUGUCAAGGGUGCAGAGGGAGGUAUGCAGGAUGAAGAGGAAGUGGCCAGAAGGGGAAGCAGCAAGCUGCAGAGCGGAGGCAGGUGGGAGGUGAUCGCAGUAAUGGCCUGCAAGCUGAGGGCCUGCGUCUGUGGCGAAGCCAAGAUGAACUCCAAGGCGGGACCCUCGGAGCACCACGAAGCUCCCGCGGGGCCUGCGGACCAGCCCUCCCUCUGCUGGUUUCUGCAGCUGGGCCCGCCAGGGUCUGGGGUCUCCCAGCGAGCUCAGCCUGGGCCAGUCCUACCCCUGGACACACGGGGUCCUCAGGGUCAAGCUGCCCAGAAACCCCUGAAUGGCGAGCCUCCCCAAGCCCUUGUAGUUCCCAAGGGGGCCCGGCUCCCAAGGCUGCCCCUCCCCCAUGGAGGCCGGCCGGGGGCCCUGCGGGAGGGCACCCCCAGAGCCCGGGGACAGCCUGGCUCCCUGGCCCCGGUGCCCAGCCGAGCUGUGCUCACAGGCGGGCAGCGUGACCCCAGCCCCAGGUCCCGGGCGGCGGGGGCCCCUUGCCAUCAAGGCCGGGAGGGAGGGCUGCACCUGCCCCUGACGGGAGCCUCGGAACUGCAGGUGCGGGGUAUGCUCGUGCUGCUGUGCCUGGGUGCUGUGACCCUCACCUGCCUCCUGGGGCUGGGGUCCUCCCCUUCCGCCUGGAGCCGGAGCUGCCUUGAGGAAGGGCCCGCCAGGCCUGGGGGCCUUGGCUCCCCUGUGGACUGGGAUCCCCCAGGAGGGGAGGCCUGGCGGCGGCAUCAGCAGAUCGACUCCUGCCGGCUCGUCCUCGUGGAGAGCAUCCCCCAGGACCUGUGGUCGGCAGCAGGCAGCCCGGUUGCCCAGCCCCUGGCCCAGGCCUGGAUGCAGCUGCUGGACGCCGCCCGAGAGAGCGUCCACGUGGCCUCCUUCUACUGGUCCCUCACGGGGCCCGACAUCGGGGUCAACGACUCGUCUUCCCAGCCGGGCGAGGCCCUCCUGCAAAAGCUGCAGCAGCUGCUGGACAGAAACGUGUCCCUGGCUGUGGCCACCAGCACCCCGACCCCGGCCAAGAACUCCACUGAUUUGCAGGUCCUGGAAACCCGAGGUGCCCAGGUGCGACGUGUGCCCAUGGGAAGGCUCACUGGCGGCGUUCUGCACUCCAAGUUCUGGGUGGUGGACGGGCAGCACGUCUAUGUGGGCAGUGCCAACAUGGACUGGCGGUCCCUGACACAGGUGAAGGAGCUCGGGGCCGUCAUCUACAACUGCAGCCGCCUGGCCCAGGACCUGGAGAAGACCUUCCAGACCUACUGGGUGCUGGGGGCACCCAGGGCCGUCCUCCCCAAGCCCUGGCCUCGGAACUUCUCCUCCCACAUCAACCGCUUCCAGCCACUCCGGGAUCGCUUUGAUGGGGUGCCCACCACUGCCUACUUCUCGGCGUCGCCGCCUGCUCUCUGCCCCCACGGCCGCACCCGCGACCUGGAUGCGCUGCUGGCAGUCAUGGGGGCCGCCCAGGAGUUCCUUUACGCCUCGGUGAUGGAGUACUUCCCCACCACGCGCUUCAGACACCCUGCCAGGUACUGGCCAGUGCUGGACACGGCGCUGCGGGUGGCGGCCUUCAGCAGGGGGGUGCGCGUGCGCCUACUGGUCAGCUGCUGGCUCAACACGGACCCCAGGAUGUUCCCCUUUCUGCGGUCCCUGCAGGCGCUCAGCAACCCUGCGGCCAACGUGUCCCUGGACGUGAAAGUCUUCAUCGUGCCCGUGGGGAACCACUCCAACAUCCCCUUCAGCAGGGUGAACCACAGCAAGUUCAUGGUCACGGAGAAGGCGGCCUACAUAGGCACGUCCAACUGGUCAGAAGAUUACUUCAGUAGCACCUCGGGUGUGGGCCUGGUGGUCAGCCAGAGGGCCCCCGGCACCCCGCCACGAGUGAGCACCGUGCAGGAGCAGCUACGGCAGCUGUUCGAGCGAGACUGGAACUCCCACUACGCCGUGGGCCUCGACGGACAGGCCCAGGGCCAGGACUGUGUUUGGCAGGGCUGAGGUUCGGCCCUUCCUGCCAGCAGGGUGGGGCCUCCUUGCCUUGCCUGGCCCCCAGCCUGGACUCCAAGCAGCUUCACCUGCACCAGCCCUGGUCGGGUUGCAGGGCGGACACAGACUGCUUGCUCUCCAAAUCUAGCCCCUUUGAAAUCCCCCCCCCGACCUCCUCCAGGGAGCCCUCCGGGACACCCCUCCCUGACUCCCACGGAGCCGCCACUCCUGUCCACAAGUGGGGCCUCGAGAA